UGUUUUCAUUUGUUCCUCUCCACUCAUACUUUAGAAUUUGAUCACUUUCUUUCACUUAUAAAGAUUCCGAUUAAUACCAAUUAUCAAACCCCUCUUCUUCCAAUUUCAAAACCCUAGCUUUUACCUGCUUCUCUCUUUUCAUCUCUCUAUUUCGCAUCGCAUCGCAUCUACUUCAACAGGGUUUUGUUGCAGGUAGUAGCGAUGUCGACUCCUUCAAGAAAGAGAUUGAUGAGAGAUUUUAAGAGGUUGCAGCAAGACCCGCCUGCAGGGAUCAGUGGGGCGCCUCAAGACAACAACAUCAUGCUUUGGAAUGCUGUGAUAUUUGGUCCUGAUGAUACUCCUUGGGAUGGAGGUACGUUCAAGUUGACUCUACAGUUUAGUGAGGAUUAUCCAAACAAACCACCAACUGUGCGAUUUGUUUCUCGGAUGUUCCAUCCAAAUAUUUAUGCAGAUGGAAGUAUCUGUUUGGAUAUUUUACAAAAUCAGUGGAGUCCUAUUUAUGAUGUCGCAGCUAUACUCACAUCCAUACAGUCAUUGCUGUGUGACCCCAAUCCCAAUUCUCCUGCAAAUUCAGAAGCUGCCCGGAUGUUCAGUGAAAACAAGCGGGAGUACAAUCGCAGAGUCAGGGAGAUUGUGGAGCAGAGCUGGACGGCAGACUAAUCUUUGAGCUCUGGUGGCACAGUUCAAGACUGUGUAAAGCUUUGGAGGCAUGCAAUAAAGUGGCGUGGCCAUUAAGAUUCAUCUUGUUAGUUCUAUCCUGUACCCUUGGCUUCUCUACGGGUUACUUUCUCUCUGCUUUAGUGUGACUUUUCCUUAUUGCGUGUCUUUAAGCUUCUUGUAAAAUAGAAAAUUUGUGCAUCAAUUUGUACUGAAUUGUUAUGACUUUGUGCUUCAAUGUAUAAGCUGUUUGACUGGUUUUUCAA